CCAAGCAUCAAGUUGAAAUGAGCUGCUGCGGGAACAAAUUUGCUGUGGUCCUCAUUAUGACACUGACAGCUGUCAAUGCGGAGCUGUCAUUAGUCUCCCGAGCCGACUGGAGAGCACGGCCGCCAGGUGAGAUGACUCCGAUGGAGCUGCCUUUGGGUCGUGCCGUAAUUGCCCACACGGCAGGACGUAGCUGCAGUGAUGAUGAGAGCUGCGCGGAGCAGGUGCGCAAUGUACAGGCCUACCAGAUGACGCGAUUGAAGUAUUCGGAUAUAAGUUAUCACUACCUGAUUGGUGGCAAUGCACGCGUCUAUGAGGGACGCAGUCCGAGUCAACAGGGCGCCAUUGCCGUUGGCAACAAUGCCGAUAGCCUGGCCAUUGCCUUCAUUGGCAACUUCAAUGAUGAGCCGCCAACAGAUUCAGUUUUGACUGCGGCACAAUCAUUACUGGAACAUGCUGUAAGUCAGGGACAGUUGGCGGCGGAUUAUAAGCUGCUGGGACAUCGCCAGUUGAGCGCCACUAAAAGUCCAGGAGAUGCACUGUAUCCACUUUUAGAAAAGUGGCCUCAUUGGACUUCAUUGGAAAACUGAUGUGUUAAAAAAAGACUACGAGUUGGAUUAGAUUUCGACACGUAAAGACCUUUCCUUACACAUUUAUUGUAAAUAUAAUUAUGUAUAAUUUGUUGCUUGCUUAAAUACGAAUACUAAACUUUUAA